UUUGGCCCAAAAAAAAAAAAAACAAAAAAACAAAAAAACGAAAAAAAAAAUAAAAAUAAAAAAUAAAGAAAGACAAAAAAACCCAGAGACAACUUUUUGAGUUCUCUUGCUAUAAAUAAGGGCUAGUUUUUAUUCCCACACAAUAUAUCCAAAAAAAAAAAAAAAAAAAAUAUCUUUCAUACGGCUAAUAGAUUAUUAGACACCUAAUUGAUCAACCAAUAUGUCCGACCAAAAUCCCACAUCAACGCUACGGUUGUUUGGUUUUCCAUUAACCGAGUACGAUGAGAUCGUUGCCGAGAAACCGGAGACAUGGGAAGCUGAGAACAGAAAGUUCAAGUGCCAAUUCUGUGGUCGGGUUUUCGCGAACUCUCAAGCGCUUGGUGGGCAUCAAAAUGCACAUAAAAGAGAGCGACAAAGAGCCAAACGUGCUCAGUUUCAGAGCCAUCCACGGUUAAUAGCUGCAGCAACGGUUCUAAGCUCGCAUGCAGUGAGAUCAGGACCGUCCAAUAUGUAUAAAGGAGGGUUGAUCACCACCAAUAACGUAGCCGCUGCUAGGUUUUAUCCAUCACAACAGCCUCCGCAACUGAGCUCGUAUAAUCGUUACCCUUCGCAGUACUGUUUGAUCUCGCGGCCGGAGCAGUUUUCUGCUACUGAGCCACCGUCAUCUAGUACUGAUCAUCAAAUUUCUAGUAAAUUGGCCAAGGCUGAGGUAGGGGUUGAUCUCCACCUAAAACUUUCUCUCUCAGGUUGAGAUCAUUAAUCCUGGGUUGCUUAUUGGGAUUGAAUAUUCUUCUUCAUUUUGUAGUAGACUUUGUAGAAAAGUUUGGUGUUUUUUUUUUUUUUUUUAAGAUUGAUAGACUUCAAUCACGGUUCACAAACUUUAUCUUCUUCUUCUUCUUUUUUUUUUUUUUUUUUUUUUUUUUUUUUUUUUUUGGUUUUUGGUUUUUCUAAUUGAGCUUAUGCCUUGUACCAUUUCGUCGAGAUACUGCGGGCAUUACUAUUGAGCUGCAUAUGCUUCUAUAUAUCUAAUUUCUUACCUUCUCUGUAAACGAAAUUUAUUACUAUACGUACGUAUUGCUUGAAAUUUUCAGUGCAAAGCCUGUGACUGUCCUUCUAAAUCAUAAUUAUGCAACAAAAUAUCUUAGUUAAAGUAAUUAUGAUAGUUAGAAGUGUUAGGUUGGCACGGGUGCGCUAUCAAAAAGUGUUCUGUUAAGAGGGACCCAAAUUUUAAUGCAACUCAGUGUUUUUUUGCUU